CCAUCUCUACAUUCAUCAAAUAAUGACCUUCCUAUUUUUAGAUCCGUAAGGCUUGGACAUCUUGAGAUUUUCCAGAAUUUACUUAUAUAUUGUCACAAUUUUGAUCCAAAUGCUGAAGAUGAUUUUCUUACAAUUGCAAUUUCUCAUCAAAGAUACAAAAUAAUAAAAUACAUUAUCGACAAAAAAUUAGUUAGAAUUAAAGAAAAACAUAAAAAUUUAGUUAAAUCGUAUCUUUCGAAUUGCGAUUCUCUUGAAGAAAUAGAAACCAUAAAGAAGAUUGACCCAAUUUUUUCAAGCAAUUAUAAAGCACAGGAAUCUACUAAAUCUGACGCUAAUCAAAACGAAUCAGCAUAUGUUGAUAUAAAUCAAAAUGAAUCAACACCUGCUGAAACAAUUCAAAAUGAAUCAACAUCUGUUGAUAUAAAUCAAAAUGAAUCAACACCUGCUGAAACAAUUCAAAAUGAAUCAACAUCUGUUGAUAUAAAUCAAAAUGAAUCAACAUCUGUUGAUAUAAAUCAAAAUGAAUCAACACCUGCUGAUAUAAAUCAAAAUGAAUCAACACCUGCUGAUAUAAAUCAAAAUGAAUCAACAUCUGUUGAUAUAAAUCAAAAUGAAUCAACAUCUGCUGAAACAAUUCAAAAUGAAUCAACAUCUGUUGAAACAAUUCAAAAUGAAUCAAUACCUGCUGAUAUAAAUCAAAAUGAAUCAACAUUUUCUAAUCAAACUCAAUCACAAACAUCCGACACAGAACAACCAAAAUCAUCAAAAUCUAGUAAAAAUAAGGACAGCAAAAUAACUAUUGAUUCAUGGCUAUUUAAAAGAUCAAAAUAUCGAAAAAUUUUCUUCUGUAUGACGACUUUAAUUAUACUAAUAUUUAUAUUGAUUCAUUAA